AUGAGCAAGAAGAGAGUGAUGAACUUCCGAAGCUACCAGAUGCUUUGCUUCUACUGGAGUCACCGUCACUCGCACAGCAAUGACCAUGCUUCCGUUGUUGCAGCUGCGAUGGCCGAGAGUGCACUAAGGAAAAGAGACUUGAAUGGGAAUUCCGAGAAUAUUCCUGAAACUUUGGGUAAUGUGCUUGUGCCUCCUCAGCUCAAGGGAAGGCUAUGA